ACGUUUGUGUGCAACUACUGCGGGAAAACUCUGGCCUGCCUGAAGAACCUGAAGACCCACAUGAGGGUCCACACGGGCGAGAAGCCGUACGUCUGCAUGCUCUGCGGAAAACGCUUCUCCGACCCCAGCAACCUGAAACGCCACCAGAGGGUGCACACGGGAGAGAAACGCUACAACUGCGUCCACUGCGGCAAACGCUUCGCCCAGUCGGGAUCCCUGAAGGUCCACAUGAGCGUGCACACGGACUGCAAGCAGUUCAGGUGCUCGCACUGCGGCAAGACCUUCAUCUCCAGCAGCCACCUGCGCCGCCACGUCACCACGCACGCUGAAGAGAAUAGAUUAACGCUUUAGUGACAAAGGUGGGAUUAUGGGAAAUGGUGUUAAAUCCUACAGGAGCUACCCGUGUAGGAGAUAAUGAAAUCAACAUGAACAGGACUUCUUCUUUUACUCAUAAGACGUAACUGAUAUGUGGUUUUUUUUUCUUGUUGGUUUCGAUGACAGCAAAUAAACUUUUUUCCAGCUAGA